AAAGUUGAAUUCCAUUAUUCCACAUUAUCCAUUAGCCGGACCGCUAUAAAAAUCCACACCCCUAGCUUGCAUUCUUGCUCAGCUCAAUUUGAGCAACAGAAACACUAACACGUCACCAAUAAUGGCGUCCCUCGCCAACUCUUCUGUCCACCUCCUCCUCCUCGUCGUGGUGCUCGCCGCCGCCGCCGAUGCGGUGACGUUCACCAUCGUCAACAAGUGCGGGUACACCGUGUGGCCGGCGGCGCUGCCGUCGGGCGACGGCAAUCAGCUCGACCCGGGGCAGAGCUGGGCCGUGUACGUGCCGGCGGGCACCAAGGGCGCGCGCGUGUGGGGGCGCACGGGCUGCGGCUUCAUCUCCGGCGGCAGCCUAGGGCAGUGCCAGACGGGCGACUGCGGCGGCACGCUGCGGUGCGCGGCCGUCGGCGCGCCGCCCGUCACGGUGGCCGAGUUCUCGCUGGGCCAGGCGAGCAAGGACGACUACUUCGACAUCUCGCUCGUGGAUGGGUUCAACGCGCCAAUGGCCAUCGUGCCGGCGGCGGCGGGCGGGCGGCGGUGCCCCCGCGGCGGGCCUCGGUGCGCGGCGGAGAUCACGCUGCAGUGCCCCGGCGAGCUGCGCGCCAAGGCCGGGUGCAGCAACCCGUGCAGGGGGAACAGCACGUGCGGGCCGACCAAGGACACGGAGUUCUUCAAGAAGCUGUGCCCGGAGACGGUCACCUACGCCCGGGACGGCCAAGGCACCACCUUCACCUGCCCCGCCGGCACCGACUACCAGAUCGUCUUCUGCCCAUGAUGAGCUUGGUCUCGUACAGGGACAGUAAUAACUAUCUUAGUUCCUGUACUUGUAUAUGGUGGUAAAUAAAACCUCGCACUGAGUGAAUCACUUGUUUGGGAUAAUGAAAAUAAAUGGAUAAAUCUUGUCACUUAUGAUC